AUGAGCAUCUUUAGCCACGCACUGUUUGCACAGUACCUCCGGCAUAAACGUGAUACAAGCAUGAAAGGCACGUCCUCAUCACUUGGUUUCUUUGGUAUCAUUCACCCUGGUCAUGCUCCUGAAACCUUGGUCAUACGCAGUAGAUAUUUGUUAAAUUCUGCAGGUCAGGUGGAAGGGGGUAUAAGAUGA